AUGAAUUUUUGUAAAGCAGUUGGUUGUUUGUACGGUCAGCUGAUUGGUGAUGCAUUAGGAUGUAGAUAUGAAUUUAUGACUGCUCCUGUGGUGCAAAAAAUGAUUAAGGACGAUCUCAAUAAUAUGCAGUUGUUACCGAUCCUUGGUGGCGGACCAUUUCAUAUGGUUGCUGGACAGGUGACAGACGACUCUGAAAUGGCGUUUUCUUUGGCAUCGAGUAUUUGCCAUCUGGGAAAAUUUGAUAUAGUUGAUAUCGCUUGUUCCUAUGUAAGGUGGAAUGAAUCUUCUCCACCUGAUAUUGGUGUUACUGUUCGUAACGCUCUUCAAAUAGAUGAACGUUUGUCGACCGAUUGGAGGGAAAGGCUUACUUAUAAAGAAAAAGUGGAAGUUUAUAACAGAGUUAUGAGAAACGUUAAAGAAAAGAAUUCUACUAGCAGAAGUAAUGGUUGUCUUAUGCGUAUAUCGCCUCUUGCAGUUGCUUGUGCAAAUCAGUCUCUCCAGAGAACCAAGAUUCUGGUUGAGAAAGAUUGUUUGCUUACUCAUUGCGAUCCUAUCUGUAUUGAUGCUACAAAUGCUUAUGAUGCCUAUAACGAUGCAGUGAAUGUAAGCGAAACAGAGAUAGUUCAAGAUAUUCUGGAAAACGCAAAACAUCGACCAAUUCCUGUAAAAUUAGGCAAUGAUUUUAUUGAUGGGGAUACUAAAGCGAUGGGUUAUUUUGGUGUGGCAUUCCAGAGUGCUUUUUACGAACUAUUGCAUGCAUCAUCUUUUUCGAGUGGUCUGGUUAAUGCAAUAUCUCGCGGUGGUGAUACAGAUACAAAUGGAGCCAUAGUUGGAGCUAUGCUUGGCGCUCGGUUUGGUGUUGAACAAAUACCAGAUGUGUGGAAGGAAACUGUACGUCUAUGUUCUUCUCGUACCAUUCUUAAUAUAUCAUUUGAUGUAGAAUCUGUUGUUCCGAAACUUUUAAGCAUGAGUAAUUGUGAUUAA